AUGUCGGAGCGAGCGGCGGCCGCGGCAGCCGCGGCGACGACGCGCGGCGGCGUGAUUAUCCCGCCGAAGCCGGGCGAGACGUCGCUGCGGCGGCAGGUUGUGCUCGAGGAAGAGCAGUAUACGAGCGGCCUCUCGCGCAUCAUCCAGCGCGACUUUUUUCCGGACCUGCCCCGCCUCAAGGCCGAAAAUGCUUACCUCGAGGCGCUGGAGAGCGGCGACCCGGAUGCGGUCCAGGCGACGGCGCGCCGCCUCGUGCACGAGGAGGAACGCAGCGGGAUCCUCGAGGAGACGACACGGCGUGGCGACGCGGGCGAGCCGCUGACGCCGCUCGACGUGCCUGGCACGCCACAGACCGCGACGCCGCGCGUGCCGUGGCAGACGCUCGGACACACGCCGCAGGGGGGCGCAGGGAUGAUGACGCCACGCACAGAGGCGGCCGAGGACGAGGCGCCACUGCGUGUCAACAUGUCGCUCGACCAGUACCAGGCACAGUACACGUCGGAGGACAAUGCGUCGUUUGCCCAGCUCAUGAAGGUCGCGAGCGCACGCCGGCGGCUCAAGCACCAAUGGGCGUACGAUGCCGAGGACCGCGCGAAUGCGCAGCACACGAUGCUGGCCGUGUGUGGCCGCGAUGCGGAAGGCCAAGGCCCGAGCGCCCCAAAGGCCCUUGCCGCGCCCGAGCGGCUGGCGAUUGCUGCGCCUGCGCCCGAGGCGAGUGCGCCCGAGGCGAGUGCGCCGCCUGCUGCAUCCCAGGCACUCGUCCCCUCUGACGCGUCGAAAAUGCCCCCGCCCAUGUCCCAAAACACCUGGCGGUUUCGUGCGCGCAACGCACUCAUGUACCCCCCCGACGCGGAUCUCGAUACCUACGCGUCGCGCACCUCGUCGCGCGCCGUUCCCGACGUGCCAUGUUUCGGCCCAUACGCGCCCCGUAUCCGCCAUGCGAAUACGCGCCUCGCCGACGAGACCGACGCGCCGCCUACGCCGUCGACGCCGAGCAGCAGCAUCAUCGACGCCGCAAUCCGUGGCGAGACGCCCGCGUCGCCCGACGUGCGUGGCUACCACUAUGUCGGCGCAGUCGCGUCGCCCCGCCCCGAAGACCUCGGCGAGCGGCGGCUGCAGCAGCUCAUGACAUGGGGCACGCUCGCCGCGACGCCCAAGCGCCUCGGCACCCGAGAAGUCGAGCCAGAAACGCCGUCCGCGCCUAUGCCCGUGCGCGACGCGCCCCCCAAGCCCGCCGCGGUGCCUGCGAAAAAGCUCCCGCGCACGUCGCGGCAUGCCGACCUGAGCCCUGCGGCGCGCACGCUGCUGCACCGCACCGGGAACCGGCGCUCGACGCUGUACGGCCCUGCGACGCCCGCGACGCCUCGUGCUGGCAGCCGCUCCGAGGAGCAUGCACGGCAGCAGCGCGUCGCGCAGCAGCGCUGGACGCCGGCUCCGAGCCCUGUGCCGCGGCGCAGUCCGUAG